CGUCGAUCCUCAACUCGCAGACGCCGCCGCAAGCGCCGACCUCGUCAGCACCGCCGCGAGGUCUUCAUCCCGCUCAACUCGGACACCGAGUUCCUGACGCUCCUCGCGUCGGCCCUCAACUCACUCGCGACGCUCCAACUCGCGCAGAAGCGCCAGUUCACCGAGGCCGUCCAGCUCCUCGCGCGCGAGGUGUCGGCCGUAUCGUCGCCUUCGCGCCCCAAGUCGGACCUGUACAUCUGGCGCGAGAUCUUUUCGCUGUGGGUCGAGGCGGCCAUCUUCGAGUCGUCGCGCGAGCGCGACCGCGGCGAGCGCUCGAUCGACGAGGUCGACAAGAAGCUCGAGUGGUUCGUCGACCAGGUCGCCAGGCGCAAGCUCGCCAAGCGCAUGCGGCACAAGGAGAGCCGGGUCGCGCUCGAGAAGUUCAUCGCGCUCAACGUCGAGCUGCUUGACCUCAAGAAGUUCCAGGUCGCCAACGAGGAGGCUGCGCGCAAGAUCCUCAAGAAGCACGACAAGCGCACGGCGUUGACGGCGUCGCUGCGGUUCCCCAAGUUCAUCGCGUCCGAGGACUCGACCUCGAUGCUCUCGACCGAGCUAAUUCUCAACGGCGACGACGGCAAGCCUCGACCGAUCCUCACCCUCCCCGGCUUCCCCUCGCUCCCACACGUCCUCCUGUCGACAUUCACGACGACGCUCCUGCCCAUCAUCCCCCAGCUCGAGGACUACGAGUGCUCGAUCUGCGGCGACGUCGCGUUCAAGCCGAUCCGGCUCAACUGCGGCCACAAGUUCUGCGUGCGGUGCCUGGUCAAGAUGCAGAAGCGCGGGCAGGACAACUGCCCGCAGUGCCGCAAGGCGGUCGUGCUGCGGGCCAACGCGUCCAACCUCGACGGCGAGCUGCAGCAGUUCCUCGAGCGGUGGUUCCCGCACGAGGUCAAGGACAAGGAGAAGCACAACGCCAAGGAGGCGGCCAAGGAGGAGCUCGAGGAGAUGGGGCUGCACGAGCGCAAGUGCGUCGUCAUGUAG